AUGCAGGAUCGCCUGGCCGCGGCGGUGGGAUCCUCAGUCCGUCGCUCAAAACGCCACCGCUCUGGACGGAGGCAGCGUCACCACGAGUCAGAGUCUAACAGUAACGAGUUCUCCAGCAGUGACGAGAGAUCUCGAUCUCCAAUAUCUGACAGGCGUAAGCGUUCCCGGCGCCACCGCACCCGCCGCGACCAGGAGAGGCGCGCCAUUAGCCCUGACGGCCAGAGUCCAACAUCCGAUCUCGCCGACCAUGACUGCCGCGUGCAUUCCGAUGGCGAUAUCUCUAUGGGCGGAUCAGCUGAAACGCCUCACCGAUCUUCUUUGGCCCGUGCUGCACCCUCUUCUGCUGUCCUAUCUCAUACCUCUACUGGAUCGUACAUCCCGUCUAUCGACAUUUACGUCUGCCGUAAAGGGAACCCUACCAUUAUCGGGGAGACGUUGCAGUUCCUUCAGAACGAAUGUCACUUCCGCCCGGAAUAUAAGACAAUAUGUCCACUGGACCCGAAUGGGAGCCCGAUGAGACCGGUCUCCUCUCUCCAUCGCCUGCAGUUUGUACUUCUGAAGGCUACGGGGGCCGUCCAGGUCUUCAAGAUCCGGCCCGAGAUCUCUCUAGACCCUUUCGAAAGCUCUUUGCCACGGAUGGACCCCUCCGCCCCUAGAUCAGACGAUUCCCUACCCCGUUCUAAUUCGAAUACCGGGCGCCGCGGAGAAGAUUCCCUCUCCCUACCUCCUUGCUCUGAUAGGCGGGCUAGUAUGCCUGCCGGCAAGGAGUUCUCUGUUGCCGAACCCAAGCUGUUAUCUGACGAGCAGCUUCCGCACGCCACUGUUGAAGAGUCAACCAGAGAAGUGCCUAACGAACCUGCCUUUCACCCGCAUCCGCAGACUCCCGUCCUGGAGAUCACGACAGUUCCCAAGGCUGGGCCCGUAGUGCCCUUGGAUCGCGUAGAACUGACGCCCCCGACUGUAAAUCCUGCACGAACAGACAGUAUUGUUUCCUUUUUGGGCAGCGAGCCCGACCACAAGAGCGAUAAAGAUAUCGCAAGCAUUAUUGACGACCUAGACGGCGAGAAAAAAAUCUUGAUAUUCAACGACACGUUACGUUGCGAUAACUUCGACCCGGAGGUAUGGAGUAUCGCGUGUUAUACGUAUAGAAUUCCGCCGGAAGUAGGAAAGGAUGCGGCAGCCAGAAUUCCUAUUCCGGGAAUCCGUUUCCGGCGACGCCCUUACCUCUACCAAGUGUACGGUACGGUAUGGAUACUGUAUCGAAAGGGAGAUAACCUGCAGAACAGGAGUUUUCUUGCGGACGAUAUCGGGUUUGGCAAGACUCUUGUGACCUAUCUGGUAAUCCUGACGGCACGAUGGAUUGAAAUUGCGCUGCAGCGAGCCCGCGACCAGCCAUCCUCCCAGCCAGACUAUCAAGCCUGCGGACAUGAUCACGAUCUCCCCAUUCGGUAUCCCUGUCGACCGUCUGCGAAGAACCAUGUCCUCUUCCAGGUCCGCAAGGGCGCGAACUACAUCUUUGUCGACGCCAGCCUCAUUGCGACCUGGUGCAAUGAGUGGAAGUUAAUCGUUGAUACGAGGGACGCUCACAUCCACGACAUGAUUUUCGUUCUAAGAUACCGGGAUUCCUACCGGAAUCUCCUCUACAAGACGAUCGUGAGUCGCUACCGCCUCGGGACCAUGAGCCUAGAGGAUCGGGAGGCCUGGCGCCAGAUCAGAGAAGAUCCCAAACGCGAUCAUUGCAGCCGGUUCAUCUUGCUGACGACCCCCCAGAGUUAUGACAGCCGUUUUGCCAACUUCGUGAGUCGGACUCGAAGACUUCCCCCGGAUCCUACAAGGAAGGCUCCGGUAUGGAAAACCAGCCAUCGUAUUACGGUCGGCCGAACGUUUCGCGACGAGUGUCAUACUACGUAUGGCGAAACUACCCCUAUCGUUCUUAAACUAAUGGCGUUGGCAGAGUGUUGGGCUCUUGCGCACUGGUUUCUGUCCGCGACGCCCUGUACGUCGUCCCCGGCAAAUCUGGCAGCAUUCAUGCGUCUUACUGAAACCCGGCAGUGGCGGGCUAAUCCCUGUACGCGCAAGAAUAACUAUCAGUUGCUCCAGCAGCUUGGAAAGCAGUUCAAUACCGUUUCCGCCAAGGAAAAUGUGACCCAGAUUGACGCUAUAUUGGACCGCCUCGGCACCUUCUUCCGUGCGAUCAACUUUCUAAAACGGACGCAGGAAUCCGUCUGGUUCGGCCGCACCUGCCUGGAUUUUCCUGAGCAGAUUGUACAUCCUAUCGACUGUCCUCUGGAUGCCACUGACCGCGAGAAUAUCAAGCAGCUACGUGAUACCCGUCUCGGCGAUAUCUAUAGUGCCAUGCACACGGUGAACCGCGGCGCCCUAAAGGUAAAGCUAAGCAGUAUGACGCAAGCCAUCCGUAUCUGCGCGGCUUUUCCCGGUCUGCUCUGCCAUGCCAAGCAGCAGGGAAAGGCCAUUACGGACAUUCCUACUACGGUAGAACGCAUGGAGGCAGAGGACAUCCUACCACACCCAGAGAACAGUUGGUUGGCCUCCCAGAUUGAUACGGUACUCCGUGGUUCGUCCCGCUGGGUCGCGAUUCAGCAGAUUAUCGACGGUCUUGGUAUCGAAUCCGACACCGGCCAACCGCGCAAGAUCGUGAUUCUGUCGCAAUACCCGACCGUAGCAGUGAUCGUAUAUCUCGCAAUCUGCAAAUACUAUCCCGCUCACCAUCCAUAUCUCGGCCUGAGGAACGCUGCAGACCGGUCGUUCUGGGUAGAUAAGUUCCAGGAG